UGGUAACAUUUCAGUCAGAGAGAAGACUCUGAAGGGGACACUUUCUCUUGGAAAAGCUGGGAGUAGAUUUAGUAUGGCUGUAACUGGGGAUGAGACAGAAACAGGUUCCACAGGUGACUUGACUGCCAGCCAGCUGCAUAAACCUAGCUCCAGCCUCCCACAGGGGGUGGCAGGAGCCAGUGCUCAUACCCCAAUGAAACCUGUCGCAGACGCCUUACAAAAGAGAGAGCUCCGCUUGAUGAAGAACAGGGAAGCCGCCCGGGAGUGUCGACGAAAGAAGAAGGAAUAUGUCAAAUGCCUUGAAAAUCGCGUGGCUGUGCUCGAAAAUCAAAACAAGACUUUGAUUGAGGAGCUUAGAACCUUAAAGGACAUCUAUCGACACAAAGUCGAAUGAUUCCUCAAAGAGAGAGGAGGAACCACGACUGUGUGGAACUGUGUCGUCUGCUUCUGUGGGGUGUCUUGAGGACUCUGGUUUUGCUUAUACAGACACACGCACAAACACUCACAUGAACACACACUCACACAAAACACUCCUUGUCCUUGCUGUUAAAUGUGUUUACAUGAUGAUGUCAAUGUUUCUGGCUCUGAAUUACCCAGGCACCACAACCAGGAAAAACAUGAACCUUGUUUCAGGUCAGGGUUAUUGUCAGGGAGUAUUACGAGGAGCUUAGGUCCCUUUGCACGGGCAGGCUGCCAGAGCAUGCAGGAGGGGAAGGAGGAAUAUGAGGACCAACUGAAGUUACGGGUUGCAAUACUGGAGCAGGAGAAUCAGAACCUGACAGCCCAGCUGCAGUGCUUCAAAAACCUGAACAUCCAAAUACCAAAUAGUUACUAAUGCCUUUAUCACCUAAACUGCACUGCAUUUUACAUUCUAAUUUGAUUAGUUGUAUAAUUUGGCUCUAUUAAUGUACUGUCAGUUGAAAGCCUUUGUGAUGGUCUAUUUUACUAUGGAUGUUUAUUAAGGGAAACACUGUCAUAAACCAAAUGUUCAAAGGGAAUCUGAUCAAAUUGCAAUGUUUGUGUUUUAUUUUACUCCACUUCAGAACUCCUGAUGCAAGCACACUAACAGGAAUUAACACCCACUGCAUUUAUCACCCACCACCCAUCCCUCAUAUUUAACGUACAGACCCACCAGGAUCUGUUGUGCAUCUCUACAAGGACUUUUCUGCUUCUGACCUGUGGCAUCAAUAUUUAUUUGGGCAGGUUUCCCCUGCAUUUUUAGAGUUUUGAAUACAACUGCAUAGUUUGGAAAAAAUAGAAACAAAAACUUGUCUUAAUAUGAACAGGUGUACAUUUAGUUCACAACAACAACAUACAUGCGUUUGUGGAAAUUGUAUUAAUUUACUGUUUUAAUUCACUUUGCUUAGUCUCAGUAUACCUGGCUGAACUUAGAAGUGCAUUUAUGUAACUCAUUUGUUUUAAUGUCAAAGUUGAUGCUGAAAUCCAGCUUUUUAACUUCAGUGUCGGUUUUAUUUAACACAUUAGCUGUUGUCUUGUCAUCACCACGCCGUAUUUAAAGGUCUUAGACAGAUGUUUUUUAAAAAUGUAUUUGCCUCAAUAAAGUUCUUACUUGUC